AUGAGCUUCAUCAUGUUUCUAAAAUGUCAUUUUGUUAUAAAAUGCUUAGGAUGUGCGUUCCACCCUCAUCCUCAUCUCUGCCAGUCUCUCCUGAAGAGUCCUCCUUCCCCCAGAACUCGCUGUCCCCAUCGUAGGACUCAUACCGUCGUCUCAUCCUUCAGCCAGAGUGACAACCUGUCGCGUGCUAAAGUGGCCCGGCCUUUUCACGAUGGGCUGGGCAAAUAUCACGGCGGCACUCGAGCACACGGCCGACAUAAGGGAAAUCGUCAGGAUGCUGACUAUGGAUGGGAUGACUCGCGCGGUCUUGCACCAAUCUUCAUUCGUAGCAAAAGUUCCGGGAUGGGUAUUCAUUGA